AUGUCAAGGAUACCUGAGAUUGCAGGAGUGAGUCCUAUACAUAAUGGCCAGGUCUGCAGUACGUGGGGUAACUACCACUUCAAGACCUUUGACGGAGACAUCUUUCAGCUCCCCUCCACCUGCAACUAUGUUGUGACCUCACUGUGCCAUAGCAGUUAUGAGGAUUUCAACAUCCAGAUGAGGCGGCAGGUGGUGGACAACCAGCCCACCAUUAGCAAGAUCACCAUGAAGCUGGAUGGCACAGUGGUGGAGCUAUCCAAGGGUUCUGUUGUUGUUAAUGGGAAUAAUGCCACCUUACCAUUCAGCCAGUCUGGUGUUCUCAUUGAAGAGACUCCCUCCUACAUCAAGAUCAAAGCAAAACUGGGAUUGGUAGCCAUAUGGAACCAGGAGGAUUCCUUCUUGGUGGAGAUGGACAUCAAAUUCAGAAACAAGACCUGUGGUCUAUGUGGAGAUUUUAAUGGAGUUCAGCAAUUUGAUGAGUUCUAUAGACAUGGAAUGAAAUUGUCCCCUGUCGACUUCGGAAACAUCUGGAAAUUGGAUGGUCCAACUGAAAGCUGUACUGAAAACACACUGCCUUCAAAUCAGAAAUGCCCCAAUGUGAAACCAGUUUGUGAGCAGUUGCUCUCCGGUCCUGCCUUCAGCAGCUGUAAGGACUUGUUGGCCAUCGACUCAUUUGUUGAGGCCUGUGUUUCUGACCUGUGCAACUGUGAUAACAGCACCAAGUCCUUCUGCCUGUGCAACACCAUCUCAGAGUAUUCCCGCCAGUGUGUUCAUGCAGGCGGGAAACCCAAACAAUGGAGGACUGAACAGUUCUGCUAUAAGACAUGCCCCUUCAACAUGGAGCACCAGGAGUGUGGAAACCCCUGUGUUGACACCUGCUCCAACCCUGAGAGAGGCCAGCUGUGUGAGGAACACUGCUCAGAUGGCUGCUUUUGUCCUCCAGGCACCGUUUUUGAUGAUGUCAACAAGAAUGGUUGUAUUGCCUUGAGUCAAUGCUCCUGCCUCCACAAUGGAAAAACCUACACACCAGGAGAGUCUUUUUCAAGCACUUGUAAAGAUUGCUCCUGUGGUGGUGGUCAGUGGAAGUGUGCGGACAAGGACUGUCCUGGCACCUGCGCUGUGGAGGGAGGAUCCCACAUCAACACCUAUGAUGGAAAAGCCUACACCUUCCAUGGGGACUGCUCUUAUGUUCUGACCAAGGACUGUGAUGGGAUGCAAUUCACUGUACUGGGUGAUGUGGUGCAGUGUGGGCUUUCUGACAGUGAGACUUGUCUAAAGGUUGUUACCCUGUCCCUCUCAGAAGGAGCCACUGUGAUCAACAUACAACCCAAUGGAAAAGCCUUUGUAAAUGGAAUCUAUUCUCAGCUGCCCUUUUCUGCUGCUGGAGUAACCAUUUUCAGAGCAUCCUCAUUUUUCAUCAUUGUCCAGACCACCUUUGGCCUCCAGUUGGAAAUCCAACUCUCACCAAUCAUGCAGGUCUAUAUUGCUGCAAGCACCGUUUGGCAGCAGAGAACUUGUGGUCUUUGUGGAAACUUUAACAACAACCAAGGAGAUGAUUUCAAGGUCCUGAGUGGAGUGACUGAGGGCACAGCCAUUAGUUUUGCAAACACCUGGAAAACACGAGCCAGCUGCCCAGACAUCAAGAGUAGCUUUGAAAGCCCCUGCAGUUUAAGUCUUGACAAUGAGAAAUACGCCCAGCACUGGUGCUCUCAGCUGGCUGAUCCUAAAGGGUUGUUUGCUCCGUGCCACGCAGCGAUAAGCCCAGACAUGUACAAAGAAAACUGCAUGUAUGACAGCUGUAACUGUGAGAAGAGUGAGGACUGCAUGUGUGCUGCCGUGUCCUCUUAUGUCCAUGCUUGUGCUGCCGAGGGCAUCCAGCUCAGCGGCUGGAGAGACACUAUCUGCACCAAAUACUCCACCUCGUGCCCUAGCACCAUGGUCUACGCCUACAGCAUAAAAAGCAGUGAUCGCUCCUGCCGCUGCUACAGCGACUCUGACUUUACCUGUUCAAUCACCUUUGAGUCUGUGGAUGGGUGUGUCUGUUCUGAGGGAACCUACCUGGAUGAUGAGGGCAAGUGUGUUCCACCAGCCAGCUGCCCUUGUUAUUACAAGGGCUCAGUGGUGUCCCCUGGAGAGGUCAUCAGCAAGGAUGGAACCAUGUGCACCUGCAAGGAGGGCAAUCUCCACUGUAUUGGAGAUUCACCUGAUCAGCCAUCAUGUGUUGCACCAAUGGUUUUCUUCAACUGCUCCAAUGCAAGCCCAGGAAUAAGAGGGUUAGAGUGUCAGAAGAGCUGCAAUAUUCUGGAUAUGGCCUGUAUCAGCACAGAGUGCAUAUCAGGCUGUAUGUGUCCCUCUGGACUGGUAGCCAAUGGAAAAGGAGGAUGCAUCAAGCCAGACCUUUGUCCUUGUUCUCACAAUGGAGCCACUUACCAACCAGGAGACAGCAUCAAGGUCGACUGCAAUACCUGCACUUGUAAAGACAGAAAAUGGCAGUGCACAACAAACCUAUGUCAUGGAACCUGUGCAAUUUAUGGAGAUGGCCACUACAUUACUUUUGAUGGGAAACGAUUCACUUUCGAAGGAGACUGUGAAUACACUCUUACAAAGGACUACUGUGGUAACAACAAUGCCAACGGCAGCUUCAGAGUCAUCACUGAGAACGUCCCUUGUGGAACAACAGGCACCACCUGCUCCAAGGCCAUCAAGCUCUUCCUGGGGAACAAUGAAUUAAUCCUGACCGAAGGAAACUACCAAGUUGUUGAGAGAAAUUCAGGGGAGGCGGUUCCCUACCAGAUUCGCACAAUGGGCAUCUACCUUGUGAUUGAAGCAAAUAAUGGUUUGAUUCUCAUGUGGGACAGGAAAACAAGCAUGUUCAUCAAACUUAACCCACAGUUCAAGGGACAUGUCUGUGGUCUGUGUGGAAACUAUGAUGGCAACGCAAACAAUGACUUCACCACCAGGAGCCAGGCAGUUGUUGUCAAGCCUCUAGACUUUGGAAACAGCUGGAAAGUCUCUGCAAGCUGCCCCGAUGCAAAGACCAAAAGGAGCCCCUGUAUUGCCAACCCUUAUAGGCAGUCUUGGUCACAGAAACAGUGCAGCAUCAUACAGAGCAACGUUUUCACAGACUGCCAUUCUAAAGUGGACCCCUCUCCUUUCUACGAUGCUUGUGUGACAGACUCAUGUGCUUGUGACAGUGGUGGAGACUGUGAGUGUUUCUGUACCGCUGUGGCAGCUUAUGCAGAGGCCUGUAAUGAGGCUGGAGCCUGCAUAGCCUGGAGAAGCCCACAAAUCUGCCCACUGUUCUGUGAUUACUACAACCCCCCUGGAGAAUGUGAGUGGCACUACAAGGCAUGUGGAGCUCAGUGUAUGAAGACCUGCAGGAAUCCCUCCGGGAGCUGCUCCACUCAGAUACCACCUCUUGAAGGUUGCUAUCCAAAAUGUCCUCCUGCUCAACCCUUCUUUGAUGAAGAUACAAUGCAAUGUGUGGAGAAGGAGCAGUGUGGCUGCUAUGGCACAGAUGGAAAACACUACAAUAAUGGAGAAAAAGUACCGACCACAGAAAACUGCCAGACAUGGUAUGCCUUUAGCUCAAUUGUCUACAAUGUCUCUGACCAUGAUGGAUGGUGCUACUAUGCUUUCUGCAACAAGACUUGUGAAGUAGAAACACAUUCUACCAGAUGUAAUACAUCAACUACUCCAGUUCCUCCUACUACACCAACCACUACACACCUUUCAACAACAACAGAAAGACCAACCACCACCCCAAAACAACCACCUAACUGUGACCAUGACCAUCCUCCAAGACUGAACGGUGAAAGCUGGAUCCAUAACCAGUGCACCAAUGGAACAUGCGCCAACGGGAAAGUUAUUUAUGAGCAUGUACAAUGUGAGACUCCGAAGCCUAUAGCAUGUGAAAAUAACUAUCCUCCAAUCCAAGUGUAUGACGAAUCUGGAUGCUGUUUCCACUAUGAGUGUCAAUGUAUCUGCUAUGGUUGGGGAGACCCUCACUAUGUCACCUUUGAUGGAACAUACUAUGGCUUCCAAGGAAAUUGUUCUUACGUCUUGGUCAAAGAAAUCCUGCCAAAGUACAACUUCAGUGUUGUAAUCGACAAUUACUAUUGUGAUGCCCCAGAUGGGCUUUCCUGUCCUCAGUCUCUGACAAUUUAUUAUCAAUCUUACGAGAUAUUCAUGACCAAGAAGGACGUUGAUGGAGUUUUCACAAGUCUGAUUGAUGUAAACCAGCAACGCAUCAUCCCAGCAUAUGAGACCAAGGACUUCCGCAUCACAGACAACGGAAUUGACACCCUUUUAGUCAUACCAGCAAUUAAUGCCAAGGUGUCUUUCACUGGUCUUAUGUUUAGCAUAUACCUGCCCUGGGACAAGUUCAGUGGCAACACUGAGGGACAGUGUGGGACAUGUGACAACAACCGGACAGAUGACUGUCGCUUGCCAAAUGGGACUAUCGAUUCAUCUUGUCCUGACAUGGCACACCAAUGGCAUGUUGCUGACCACAAUAACAGUCAUUGCACGCCACCACCACCAGAGCCGACACCACCACAACCAACAUGCAGCGAUCCACCUAUUUGUCAUCUCAUUCAAAGCGAGGUCUUUGAGAGUUGCCAUAAGGUAAUCCCCUACGAGCCAUUCCUUGUGGCAUGCAUCUUUGAUGUGUGUCAUAUGAGUGAUGUCAAAAUUGGCUGCACCAGCAUGCAGACCUAUGCUGAUGCAUGUGCACAAGAAGGAGUCUGUAUUGAGUGGAGAAAUUAUACAAAUGGACAAUGUGACUUCACAUGCGAGAAACCCAAGGUUUAUAAUGCCUGCGGUCCACAAGUUGAACCAACCUGUAAUGCCUGGUACAAUUUCAAAUUCAUCCAGACUCAAAAUGAGUUCAGUGUCAUGGGAGAUAUACAAUUGGAGGGAUGUUAUUGCCCCAAUGGUACCAUUCUGAUGAGUUCCACUUCAAACUACUGUAUCCCCAGCUGUGAUAUUUGCCCGUUGCCAAAUGGAGAAUGGAAAGAGGCAAAUGAGACCUGGGUGAGCAACUGCCAGGAUUGUGUUUGUGACCCGUACAGUCUGGAAAUCCAAUGCCAGCCUGUGGCAUGCCAACAUCAGCCUCCUCUCACCUGUGAUCAGGAGGGCCAAGUUAAGGUCGUAGAAACUGUUGACUGUUGUCAAAAGGACAAAUGUGAGUGUGAUGUCAAACGAUGCUCUACUUCCAAGAUAACUUGUCCAGUCGGAUUCGAGAUAGAGGCAACUAUGGGAGUCUGUUGCCCAACUUAUCAAUGCUUGCCAAUGGAUGUCUGUGUAUUUAACAACACUGAAUAUCAGCCUGGUACCAAUGUUCCCGAGGACAAGUGUAAGAAUUGUGUGUGUGGUGACAGGGUGGAUGCCCAAACCCAUCUACAUAUCAUUGAGUGUCAACCUACUGAAUGUGACACUCACUGCCAGCAGGGCUAUGAUCAUCAAGCCGUUCCUGGGCAGUGUUGUGGGAAGUGUGUACAGACAAGCUGUGUGGUUAUGCUGCCAGAUAACACCACACACACUAUUCAGCCUGGUUCCGUCUGGAUACCAUCUGGAGACAAGUGUCUAAAGUUUGAGUGCGUAAAGAUUAUGGACCAACUCAUCACAAUGGAGGCUAAGACUGUGUGCCCUGACUUCUACCCAGAAGACUGCAUACCCGGAACUGAAGUCAUUGCUCCAGAUGGUUGCUGCCAUGUCUGUAUUCCAAUAAAUAAGCCAUGCAAUGUGACAAAGGGCAAAGUGUACCUGGACAGCAAUGGCUGCAAGUCUGCAAACGAGGUGGAAGUGACAACAUGCGGUGGAUCAUGUAGCACCUAUGCCAUGUAUUCUCUUGAGGCCAACAUGAUGGAGCGCUCUUGUACCUGCUGUCGGGAAGUAUCCACCACCAAGAAGGAAGUGGAGAUGAUCUGCCCAGACGGGUCAAAGUACAACCACUCCUACAUCCACAUCAAUAAAUGUGGCUGCCAGAGGACAGAGUGCGUGACCCCGGAGGAGACCCAGGUCACAAGGUCACGACGCAGGAGAAGAUGAAUGACUCGCCACUACCAUCCCUUUACUGCUUAGAUUAGUUCUCUAUUCA